ACUGCCAGCCUGAAGAGAGAAGAGGAAGCAAAACCAAAGCCAAAAGAACAGAAAAGAAAAGAGUUUGUGUUUACAUUUUUCUCAUUUUAUUCAGGUCAGUCAGUUGUUGUUUCAGUAAAGGUGGGCUGUAAAGACACUUUGGAUACUUUUAGAUCUUUAAGAGUUUGUGUCUCCACCUUUUGGCAUUACAAAGGUGCGAAUAAGAGAAGUGGGAUGGUCAGAGUAAUGGGAGGAGCUGCAGGGUUCUCCAUGUAUGGACUCCAGCUCUGUUCGUAUGGUAAAUAGGGGGUCACAUGGGGCAAUAGUCUUGGAGCACCGAGGGGUGAAAAGGGAGGGAAAGGAACAAGGAAAGAGACUGAAGACAUAUACACUGCAGGACUUUGGCCUGUCUCGUGUGCAGAAGGCAGCACUUUCACUCUGAGUCCAGAGGACACUGGAUCACACUACAAAGAGAAAACAAAAGAGUUUGACUGAGUGCCAUGCUGUGGUCAGUCUGAAUCCCAAGCUCUCUUCUCUGGGGCCAUAUGUCUUCUACUUGACUUCCUUUGGAUAACUGUUUUCUCUCCUGUGGGGUUGAAAGUUCAACAGUGAGUGCUUUCCUGGUUGUGGCUACCGGAAACCUCAUAGCUUCUUUCUGACUGCUGAAGAGCCAAAAUGCCCACCAACUUCACCGUGGUGCCUGUGGAGGAUGCGGAGGGUGGCAGCAACAGCGUCGAUGCAGCUGGGGCCAACAAACCUGUUAGUUUGGGCAAACUCUUUGGGACAGAAGAAGCUAAGGAUAAUUCACCAGGAUCCCACUCAGGUGAUGACAGUGAGAGAGAGUCCAGUCCAUUCCUCAGCUCCGAUAAUGACAGAGACCACUACUAUGACGGCAAAAACAUGGCUCUGUUUGAGGAAGAAAUGGACAGUAACCCUAUGGUAUCAUCUCUUCUCAACAAGCUGGCCAACUACACCAACCUGACCCAGGGCGUUCGUGAGCAUGAGGAGGCCGAGAAUGAGGAUGGGGUCAGGAGGGUCACUGUUAUGGUCCCCCAGAUGGGAACUUUCAUUGGAGUUUACCUGCCCUGCAUGCAGAACAUCCUGGGUGUGGUUCUCUUUCUGCGUCUCACUUGGAUCGUCGGUACAGCAGGAAUCCUGGGGUCCUUUGCCAUUGUCUCAAUGUGCUGCAUCUGCACCUUACUCACAGCCAUAUCGAUGAGUGCCAUAGCAACCAAUGGAGUUGUCCCAGCUGGUGGCUCAUACUACAUGAUCUCCAGAGCACUGGGUCCAGAGUUUGGAGGAGCAGUGGGCCUCUGCUUCUACCUCGGAACCACCUUUGCUGGAUCCAUGUACAUACUGGGCACCAUAGAGAUCCUGCUGACGUACAUUGUUCCAACAGCAAUAGCGUUUAAAGAAGGCGAAGGUGCAGCGAUGCCCAACAACAUGCGCAUCUAUGGCACAUGCUGCCUACUCCUGAUGGCGCUGGUUGUGUUUGUAGGGGUUAAGUAUGUGAAUAAACUGGCUCUGGUGUUUCUGGCCUGUGUGGUUCUCUCGAUCAUGGCCACUUAUGCAGGAGUCAUCAAGACUCUUAUCGAACCGCCCGAGUUUAAUGUCUGUCUGUUAGGAAACAGAUCUCUGAGGAACGACAAGUUUGAGACAUGCGCAAAGACGCAGGUAGUGAAAAACAACACUGCGACCACCGAGCUAUGGAGCGUUUUCUGUGACAGCAACUAUUCAAACGCAACCUGUGAUGACUACUUCUACUUUAACAAUGUGACAGAGAUUCCGGCCAUACCUGGUCUGAUGAGCGGAGUCAUCAAAGACAACCUGUGGGGUGACUAUGGCCCUGCUGGUAUGUUCAUAGAAAAGAAAACUCAGCCUUCUGUACCAGUUCAGGAAACACCCACAGACAUCAUUAAGCCCUACGUCAUCAAUGACAUCACCACUUACUUCACUCUGCUGGUGGGAAUAUACUUUCCCUCUGUCACAGGUAUAAUGGCUGGUUCUAAUAGAUCUGGUGAUCUCAGAGAUGCCCAGAGGUCCAUCCCCAUAGGAACCAUAAUGGCUAUUCUCACCACCUCUUUCAUCUACAUCUCCUGUGUGGUCUUGUUUGGAGCCUGCAUUGAAGGAGUGGUGUUGAGAGACAAGUUUGGUUACUCCGUAAAGAAGAACCCAGUGAUUGGUAUUCUGGCCUGGCCAUCACCCUGGGUGAUUGUCAUUGGCUCAUUUUUCUCCUGCUGUGGGGCAGGGCUUCAGAGCCUCACUGGCGCCCCACGGCUGUUGCAGGCCAUCGCUCGGGAUGGCAUCAUCCCCUUCUUACAGGUCUUCGGUCAUGGAAAGACUAAUGGCGAGCCCACCUGGGCUCUGCUGCUGACAGUGGGGAUCUGUGAGAUAGGAAUCCUCAUCGCUUCUCUUGAUGCUGUGGCCCCCAUCCUCUCCAUGUUCUUCCUCAUGUGCUAUCUGUUUGUCAACCUGGCCUGUGCAGUUCAGACUUUGCUUCGUACCCCCAAUUGGAGACCUCGCUUCAAAUUCUAUCACUGGACCCUGUCCUUCCUCGGGAUGAGCCUGUGUCUGUCUCUCAUGUUUGUCUCCUCCUGGUACUAUGCUCUGGUUGCCAUGGUGAUAGCUGGCUGUAUCUACAAGUACAUUGAGUAUAAAGGGGCAGUGAAGGAAUGGGGAGACGGGAUCAGAGGUCUGUCUUUAAACGCAGCGCGUUACGCUCUCAUCCGGCUGGAGGAAGCAUCACUACACACCAAGAACUGGAGGCCUCAGCUGCUGGUGCUGUGUAAGUUGGACUCAGACUUGGCGGUGAAACAUCCUCGUCUCCUGUCCUUCACCACACAGCUCAAAGCAGGGAAGGGACUGACCAUUGUCUCCUCAGUCCUGGAGGGAACCUACAUGAACCGAGGGAAUGAUGCUAAGACUGGAGAGCAGAACUUGAAAGCACUCAUGGCCGCAGAGCGGACAAAAGGUUUCUCCCAUGUCGUGGUGUCGUCCAACCUGCGUGAUGGGUUCUCCCUGCUCAUCCAGUCAGCAGGACUGGGAGGAAUGAAACACAACACCGUCCUGAUGGCCUGGCCGACAGGCUGGACAGAAGCUCGGGACUCUUCAGCAAGGAGGAACUUCAUAGAGACAGUAAGAGAGACGACGGAAGCCCACCAAGCUCUACUGGUUGCAAAGAACAUCGACCAUUUCCCCAGUAACCAGGAGCGUCUGAAGGAAGGAAACAUUGAUGUGUGGUGGAUCGUACAUGAUGGUGGACUGCUCAUGCUGCUGCCGUUUUUACUGAGUCAACACAAGGUAUGGAGGAAGUGUAAAAUGCGAAUCUUCACGGUGGCCCAGAUGGACGACAACUCCAUCCAGAUGAAGAAAGACCUCCAGAUGUUUCUCUACCACCUACGUCUGGAUGCAGAGGUGGAGGUGGUGGAGAUGCAUGACAGUGACAUCUCGGCCUUCACCUAUGAGAAGACGCUGGUGAUGGAGCAGAGGUCCCAGAUGCUUAAACAGAUGCAGCUGUCCCGCACCGAGAGGGAGAGAGAAAUUCAGAGUCUCACAGAUGUGUCGCGUGGCUCCAUAAAGCGGAAGAAGUUGCCCGGUGCUGAUGCCCAUUCCUUCAACACACCCUGCAUACCAGAGGAUGAGGCCCAGCUGAUCCAUGACCGACACACGGCGUGUCAUUCUGCAAUGACUGAUAAAGCCGCAGGUGCCACACCGGACCGUGUCCACAUGACCUGGACCAAAGACAAACUGGUCCAAGAAAGAAACAGACACAGGGAAGGCAUGGGAGUCAAAGACAUGUUUAAUAUGAAACCUGAGUGGGAGAAUCUCAACCAGUCUAAUGUGCGGAGGAUGCACACAGCUGUGAAGCUGAACGAAGUGGUGGUGGAGAAAUCCCAGAAUUCACAGCUGGUCUUGCUCAACAUGCCAGGCCCACCGAAGAACAAGAAAGGGGAUGAGAACUAUAUGGAGUUCCUUGAGGUCCUGAUGGAUGGUCUAGACCGUGUCCUUUUGGUUCGUGGAGGAGGUCGGGAGGUCAUUACCAUCUACUCUUAGCACCACGAGGUUCUUAAUUGUUUGGAAAGGCACUGAAAUAAACAUUGUUGAGCAGUAGGACUCCAGAGGACAGGGCGCAAAGAGAGGAGGGUCAUGACUUUGAGAUGGACAAGAAGUACAGUGCACCCUCUUCCACACCGUCCAGAGGGGGAAAAAAACAGUGCCACUUAUGUUUUGGAGGACCACGGAUGCUGGGUAGGAGGGGGGGAGUCAGCUGGCAGAACAGUCUGAACUUAGGGUAUCGUCUUGGGGGUGGGGGGGCGCACAGAUGAUACACACACACUCCUCCUCGGACUCCUCAAUUCUGCCACAUCUUUCGAAGGGACUUUGCGGAUGAUCUGUGGAGACAUUCCUUCUUCCGAUAAACUAAGCUUUCUGAAAGAGCUGUCAUUUAAACGCAACAUGUUUUAUUUACCAGGCACCUUUGGAGGAAGACGUUUGUUGUCAUUUAAAGCAUUUCACUGAUUGUGGGAGCUGGGAACUGGCUCACAGGUUUCAACAUAUCUGAUUACUGACUUUAUUUAUUUCAGUGCCACUGAUGAAAUGUUCCUCUGAUAUGACAAGCAGUGAGUCUGGAGUCAAGGGAUGAGUUUAACAUGUUUUUAAGCCAUUAUAUUUUACAGAACAUUAUGUUGGUUUUAUAUCACUGUUUUAGGAAUUAAAGUUUAAAUCUCACUGAUUUGAUAUCAGGGCAGUUAAAGGACAAACAUGGUGGUACUGAUUGUAAUCUGUAUAUUGUCUUGAACAUGGUUUGUCCAUUGUUUGCGCUGUCACAGACAACCUUAGUAUGCCAAGUGUGAUCAAAAACUAAUGAAAACACAAAAGAACUGCAACUUUUCUGAUUUUAACAUUUAAGUGAAUUUUAGUUGAGUCACAGAUUUUAGUGUUUGAGUGAAAACAUUACUUUGGAAGUGUGAGCUCAGUUCUCAACCGGUCACUAUUAUGAGGACAACUGAACAACACAGAGCCUAUGUAGUAGUAUUCUCAGUUAAUAGGACUAUUUUGUACGCACGGAUAACCUUAUCUGUAAUGUGUCAUGUGUUUGUUCAGGAAAAAAGACACACUUAUUAAACAAAGCAAAAAAGUUAAGUCUUGA